AUGGCUGGCUGCUCGUUAAUUGCUUUGCCGAAUCAUGAACUUCUUGAAUUCGAUGAUAGUCAUGGGAAAUUUUUUGAAAUCCACUUAGACAAACUGUUUUAUGUUGGAGAUAAUCUUACACUUCAUGAAACAACACACACGAAAGAUCAACAAAUUCUUGUUAAAGAAAACUAUAAACUAUACGGGGAUCCGGAUCAAUGUAUUAAUUUUAUUACUUCAUUCUCACAGCGAAAAGUUUUCAUUUCCUUGACGGAUGAAUUCAGUUAUUUAAUACCGCUCAUUCAUGAUCUACCACAAAUUCUUUAUAUAUAUAUUUAUUCGAACUUGCCAGAGAAUGUUUCUUAUUCGAGUACUAAUUAUCCCAAAUUACGAUCCAUUAUUAAUCAAAAUUUACCCGAUGCAGAUCAGCAAAUAUUCAAAGAUAUCGAAAUGUUUGAACGAGGUUUGUUAUCUACCCAUAUAAAUCAUCCGAAAAAACAAAAAACCAAACUAUUAAUUCAAGAACCAAUAAUAAUCGAAGAAUAUUUGGUUCUUUGGAUAGAAGAUAAUAAUGAUAGUGACACUUUGGAUACAACAUCGAUCACGAAGAUUAUUCCACGUUUAGAUUUCUCUUUUGAUAUUCAACAUUGUAUCGAGAUGAUCCAAACAUCUUGUGCUAACAACAAGAUUUUUCUUGUUUCAUCACAUUCUGAGACGAAAACACUAUUCAAAGAAGUCGCUCAUCUUUCGAAUAUUUUGGCACUGUAUGUAUUCGAUCGGGAGCAACGAUUGACGAUCACUUUAGACGAUUCAAAUACGAAAUGGUGUGGUCAAUAUUCUGAUCUCAAAAGUUUAGCAAUUCAAUUGUCUCACGAUUAUAAACGAUUGAAAGAAACAUCAUCAUUACCGAUCAGUAGCUUUCAUCGAGAACAAAGCCAGAAAACCGUACGAGAUUUAAAUAAAGAAAGUGCUCGAUUUCUCUGGUUACAGUUAUUAAUCGAUAUUCUUAUUCGAACACCUUGUUAUGAGCAAGCCAAAGAGGACAUGUUAGAUGAAUGUCGAACAUGUUAUAAAGACAAUGCCAGUGAACUAAGAAAAAUAGACAAAUUUAGUAAGACUUACCAAUCGAGUGAAGCUCUUAAGUUUUAUACAGGUGAUUCAUUUAUUUAUCGUUUAUUUAAUCAAGCAUUUCGAAAAGAAAAUAUUGAUUUAAUGUUCAUCUUUCAUUUCUUUCUCGUCGAUCUUAAUAAUCAAUUACAAAAAUUAUAUGCAGAACAAUUUAUAAACAAUGCAAGAUAUCCAAAUGACAAACUCGUAGUGUACAGAGGACAAUCUAUGAGAAUGCCAGAAUUCGAUCAAAUCAAGAACAAUAUUGGAUUUAUAAUAUCGAUCAAUACAUUUUUUUCUACCACGAAAAACCACGAAGUGGCAAAGUUCUUCUUGGGUUCAACUACGACAGAUUCAGAAUUCGUAUCAGUUAUCUUUGAAAUCGAAGUUCAUCUAACUCAUCAUGCGACGAAACGACCAUUUGCUUCCAUUGAACAUUUGAGUCAAUUUCCUGAAGAAGAAGAAAUAUUGUUUUCGGUUGGUUCAGUUUUUCGCAUUCUCGAUGUGGAUGAUCGACGAGCAACCGAUGGUCAUUGGUUUAUUAAAAUGAUGAUGGUCGAAAAUGACGAUGAUUUGAAUGAACUUCGUAGCCAAUUGGAUCAGCAAUAUUCAAGAUAUGGAAAUCUCUGUGAUUUGGGUUCUGCUUUAAUCGGUAUGGGUGAUUAUGAUCGAGCUGAAAGAUAUUUUCAAAUACUACUGGAAUACACACCAGAAUCAAAGGCAUCAUUUGGUAUUAUACAAAAUUGCCUGGGUAUUAUUUAUGUCAAUCGAGGAGAUUAUCAGAAAGCAUUCGAGUUUCAAGAACGAGCAUUAAAAUUCUGGACUCAAGAGUCAUCGAUUCAAUAUAAUCAACAUCACAUUGCCAAUACUUAUGUUCAUCUUGGUGCUGCUUAUCGUCAUCUUGGACAACUUGAUUUAGCAUUGAAACACUUAUUAAUAGCAGUCGAACUGCAAUCACCGACUACAUCAUUAGCAUUUACCUAUAAUGAAAUUGCCAUCACUUACCGAAACAAAGGCGAUAAUCGAUUAGCAUUGAAUUAUUUUUUAAAAGCUCUGGAUAUCGAUGAAAAUGUUUUAAAAUACGACAAAUAUCAUCCAACGUUAGCCACAGCCUAUAAUAAUAUUGGUGAAAUCUAUUCUCAUUUAGGUGCUUAUGAUGAUGCUUUAAAAUAUUUGACGUAUGCCUUAGAAAUAUGUCUCAAAGGCACCGUGGCAACCCACACCGAUCUAGCUGCUAUCUAUAAUAAUUUAGGAGUAACGUAUUUGGAAAAAAAAGAUUUUUCAACAGCAUUAGAAAUGUACACGAAAGCCUUAGAAAUCGAUAGUGAAAUAUUCCAUGAAGAUCAUGAAUCGUUAGCUACAUCGCAUCAUCAGAUCGCCACUGUUCAUUUAGAAUUAGGAACUUUAUCAGAAGCUUUAUAUCAUGCAGAAAAAGCUUUAAGAAUAGUGUUACGUUCACAAGCCAAAGAAAAUCUUUCUUUGGUCUCGAUUUUUCAAUAUGGUCUUGGACUUGUGCAAUACCGUUUAGGCAACAUGGGAAAAGCAUUAAAAAUGGCUGAAAAAGCACUGAAUAAUCUCUUAGCUUGUUCCGCCGAGCAUCAGAAAAUGGCAGCUACUAUCUAUAAUUUUUUUUCGUUGAUCUACGAAAAAGAAGGAGACAUAGUCAAAGCUCUGGAAUAUGUGAAAAAAGCGAUUGAACAAGCGAAGAUUUGGGCUACACGUAAUCGUACUUUUGAAUUAGAAAAAUAUUUAGUACGAUUGGAUCAAUUGAAAAAUAAAGAAUCUGAACGAUCAUUCACAUCCGAAAAAAUGCUCCUUGAUCAUAUGACGAAUCAUGAUGAUCUCAUUCGACAAUUCAAUGAAAAAUUUCAACAAACUUCACCAACAGAUAUUCUUGAACGUCUUCAGUUAAUCAAUAGUUUAACUAUCAUUUGUUCAAGACAGAACAAUUUUUCUGCAGUAUUUAAAUAUUUCAACGAAGCGAAUAUUAUUUAUUCAGAACAUCAAUCUUCUAAUUUGAUAACUAAAGAACAAAUCGAUGAAAUCAUGAUUCAUAUCUUGUUCAAUACUGCGAGAUCCUACUAUCGUCAACAAAAUUGGACAAUGAGUUUGAAGAUGUUCGAAAAAUCACGUGAUCUAGUACGGAAACAGAAAGAUGGCAAUCCUGUAUUACCUGAAAUCUACUAUUGCAUGGCAGCAGUUUAUGCACAUUUAGGAGAAAUUCAAAUGGCCAUCGAUUAUUAUGAAUUAACGAUUAGUACGGCUAGAAAACGAUUGUCCGAUGAUCAUCCCGAUGUGCAACGAUAUACUUUUCAAUUUCAACUAUUUAAAAAUAACCUAGAAGAAGCAUAUUCGAAAGGGUACUUAAUCAGAAAAUGA